GCCGCGACAUGCAAGGACAAGCAAGGCGCAAAUAAAGGUGCACCACACCCAUUCCAUAACGUAUGCCGCCGCCUCGUUGCAUAAACGCGCGGGGUCACAAAGUCCUGUCAGCGGUUGGUCCAUCACCAAUCGCGGAAUCACCCGCGCGCCCAAAGUUGAGUCCUGGUCACAGCGGCAAGCUUUCAAGCUUGCAAAAAGUUAUAUAUGUUUGAGUUUCCUGGUUAGCAACUGGCGAGAAGAAUCGGCCCGCAAGGACGGGAGGCGCUCCCCUGGCCCGCUGUCCGGGUGGCAUGCACAGAGUCGCGCCCGUACUUGCGCGCAACGGUAGUUCCUUACGCAGCAUAUGGCGUGUAUUAGUAUACCUAACGUGCCUAGUCGCCGGGAGAGCAGCCAGCGGUGGAGCGCCCGGCCAGCAGGAUGUAUCGGACUUACUCGUCGUGUUUCCCACCUUCCACAAGCGCAUUGGCGUGGUGGAGGCGUCGCGUGCUUGGCGCAUGGGUGUGAGCACACACAUCGUGGUUGACGACCUGGUCCGGCUGGACGCGCUCCGGGCCGCGGGCUCCCGCCACAACGAGACCUUCUCCGCCCUGCCCGACCUGCCGGGCAUGCCCACCAGCAUGCGGCACGUGCUGGCGCCGCUGCUGGCGCACACCGCCACCGGCGGCCGGUACAAGUGGAUGCUGCUGGGUGACGACGACACGCUGUUCUCGCUGCCGGCCGUGCGGGGGCUGCUGCGGGAGAUGCGGCUGCCGCACACGGAGCCGAUCGCCAUCUCCGACUUCCUGGUGCAUUGCCGUUUCGAGCAAAGCGCCAAGCUGGAUGUGGCCGGCGGCGGCAGGCGCUACACCGCACCCGCCACCCGGGACACGCGCUGCCCCGCCGCCGCCCCAUCAACACAGACCGCCGCCGCCAGCUCCUCCAACAGCACCCCUCUCAUCACGACACCCACGACACCGGUGCCCUGCAUGCUGCCGCCCGCAUCGCGGCGGCCGCCCCGCUUCCGCCCGCACCCCGACUGCCCGCCCGAAGGCCGCACCUCCUUCUACGGUGGCACCGGCGUCAUUCUGUCGCUCGGGCUCAUGCAGCACCUCGCCCGCAGAAGCCUGCACGCGCAAGCAGCUCUAGGACCAGACUCAUUAUCGUCAGCAGCAGCAGCUGCGGCAGCCGAGGCUGCUGCGGCCGACGCCGACACGUCAUUCUACGCGGUCGCCAUGUCCAACUACUCACCGGCAGGGGACGUGCUCAUGAGCGAAGCGUGGCGGCGUGCCGGCAUCGGCUUCACACCGCCGCCGCCACUGCCCUACCAGCUCGCAGUGCACCGCACUGCGCAGCAGCAGCCCUGCGUCGCCCCCAGGCCCGACGGCGAUGGUGGUGGUGGUGGUGGCGGCAGCGCCGGCACGGCGGGCCGCCCCACGCCUCCUGCCGUAGUGCCGCCGCAGUGCCGCCGCUUUGGCAGCCUGGUGGGCUUCAACGAUGAGGCCAGCCCCGAGGCCAUGGUCCAGCGGCACCGGCUGGCGGCGGAGGCCGCACCGGAGGCCUUCCGCGGGGUGGUGUCUGCGCACCUGCGGCAGCGGCGGGCCAACACCACGGCGUUCCUGGCCGCCAUGCGCGAGCUGGGGGCGCUGCUGGCGGCCGGAGGGGCUGCUGCUGCUGCAGGCGGGGCGGGGGGGCCGAGAUGAGCGAGGCGCAAGACGACGCCGCGGGCAGCGACUCAUCAGGGAUGGGGAUUGGGAUGGGCCCAUCUAGGGAGUGACAGAUGCGAGAGCGAACGAAGAAUAAUGCAUGGGGAUUAUUGAUGCGGGCGGGCGUGAGGCGUGGGUAUGAGGGCGACAUGGGUAGGUUAUCGUGCAGCAGGCACGGAGACGCGUUGUUGCUGCCUAGCUAGUCUAGAUGGGUUGUUUAGGUAGUGUGACGCGCGCUGUCCGACAGUCAGGCCUUCAGGGAGGCGGGCUGAUGAGUGAUGAGUGUUGACCGAGCGCGGAGUCGGGUGCUGCACGAGGAUGCUGGAUGGGCAGUGCUACCGGCUGGCAAUGCAUGGAUCGAGACACGAGCUGCUCGCUUCUGCUGAUAGCUGCAUAGCGCAGAAAGCCGCACCUUCGCAUCUGCAGCGUGCGUGCCGUGACCGUGACCCUACAAUUACCUCACU